AUGAUUUUCAUCUCAGCUGAAGACGCCGAAGAACGCUUGUGGGAUGCGAUUACACCAAUUCUGCGGGCAGAUGUAGAUCCUUUAUCUGAAGUUCAGUUAAGAUACUUGGCUAUAUUGUCUACUGCCCCGUCUUCGUUCCCAGAGACCACCAGCUCUGGAAUCUCCACAGCAAAUUUUUGCAACCGAUGGCUCUCUUCGAUAACUGGAUCACGAUGGGAGCCUCCAUUGGGUAUACCAGAAAUGAUCGUUCAGGCACUGUCGGGCUCGACGUCCAUCUCUCAAACAGCGGGAAUAAGGACUAGUCAUUGUGGCGAUCCCUUCUGGAUAAAGAUGCUGAACGCAUGUUGGAGUUCCGACAGUCUGACCAACGUUACUAAACAGUCCUGGAACGAGAGACGGAGACCAUCACUCAAGGUAGCCGAAGACGAAUUUGCUUUCCAACAGACCCACCCAUCUCGCUUUCUGGGUACUGUCUAUUCACUGUCCAGAUAUCGUUUCCGGAGGACCGAGCUUCUCAGUGAGGACUUUUUGAUACGCACGUCGAUGAUCAACAAGCCUGGCAAGAAUGAACCAGUGGAACUGUGGAAAUCUAUAGGGGGUCGCCAGCUAGAUUGGGGCGUUGAUCGGGCACUCAUGAAGCUGAAACUAUCACGGCAGAUACCUGGACUGCUACCCAGUGGAACAGGCAAGCUGAAGAUUCGUCCCGGUGCCGCCGAACGCCACUGGUGCCCGCUUCGAUCCUACAAUUCCUACGAAGCAGCGAAGUUUGGGCGCACUUCCCAAUGGACCACGAGGAAAAUCAGAUCGAUCAGACACUAUCUCUUGCAAAAAAAAGCACGAAUGAUUUGA